AAAAUAAUACUGAACUGAAAAAAAAAAAAAAAUAAAUAAAAAUAAAAAGGUAAAUUCAUAGUAACUUAUGCCUUUGUGUAAUUUGUUGGCUGUUUCAUGAAAGAAGAGGCGUAUAUUUCGCCGGUCGGCCAUAUAUCCCCUGCGGCCUCCGACAAAUUGAGGGAAGGAGGAAAGUUUGCAAGUGUCAACAGAAAGCCACAGGAUAGCCCGGAAGAAUAUCACACCAUUACCUUUGACCUACCAGUAAAGCCCCACAAUUUAAACGAGUUAGUACUAGGUGCCACUGCAUAGUAAAGUGCGCGUAUUAGCCGUUCCCAUAAUCCCCGGGCUGAAUCCUACGACUUCAUGCG